ACGAGCUGUUGAAGCUCCUGGAGAACCGCCCGUAGCAGUUAGCCACCUGAAGCCUGCUGCAUCUGCGCAUUCCAUUUCCAUCAGAGAGCUCUCAAUGAUGGGGAUGGUGACCACCACCGGCCCCGCGAUGAGCAUGAAGCUGCUGGUGGACACCAAGGUAGGGCGCGUGCUGUUCGCGGAGGCCGGCAAGGACGUCGUCGACUUCCUCUUCUCCCUCCUCGCCCUGCCCGUCGCCACCGCCGUCAAGCUGCUCGGGGCGGACUCAAUGGUCGGAAGCGCCGGCGACCUCUACGCCAGCGUCCAGAAGCUCGACGGCUCCUACGUCCUGCCCGGGGCGAACAUCGACGCGCUCCUACGCCCCGCAGUGCCCACGCCGGCGGCGGCCCCCAACAUCUCCCUGUCCCUCCUCCUCCUGCCGAGCCCGUCGCCGGCUUUCUUCAGGUGCGGCUACUGCCACAGCCCCGGCUACGUGACGGAAGUGAGAGGCACCAAGUGCCCCAGAUGUGGCAACCAGAUGGCGGACGCAAUCCAGUGCGUGCGGCCCGAUUCCUGCGGCUCUGGGCACGCCGCCACCGGAGGGGCGAAAGGGUUCGUGCAGGGCGUGGUGACGUACACGGUGAUGGACAACCUCGCCGUGACCCCCAUGUCCUCCAUCUCCAGCAUCACCCUGCUCAACACCUUCGCCGUCAGGGGCCUCGGCGCGCUCCAGGAGAAGACCGUGCGGAUCGGCUACAAGGAGGGUUUGGCGAUUCUCAAUGCGGCGCUGCAGUCCAAGACCGUCCUCACCGACGUCUUCCUCGCUGGGUGCAAGACAGAUCCGGUGUAUGACUGACGCACGCAGGGGCAUGGAGAACUCAUCUAGCUUCGGCCAGCAAUUUAUAUCUAUACUGCUAGUACAUUAUUAGCUUAAUUAAGGAGCCUUCUGUUUCCUGGUUGAAUGUUGCAUAGUUUAAGACUUGAAUUACUAGUACCGAUGGGAUGUUAAAUUGUAGGAGAUGCGAUUGAUUA